UGGACCAGCAGUCGCAAAUGUGCGGAAUUCCAGGUCCAUCUUCCGUCAUUUCAUGUUAGUGUUAGCCGGGAGCUUUCACUGCCCUAAUGAAAUUGAAAUCGGUGAUUUGAGAAGGUUGUCCACUCACAAUUCGUCAACAAAUAUUUAUCCUUGUUUGCAACUUUGUAAACAAUAGCCGUGAUAAGCUCUUUCAUGUGUAAUCAAGCAGUGUGGGGCUGACAGUAGUAGAAGCAGGGUAGUGUAUUAUUUUGUUAUAGGCAUAUCCACGGAAGGUUCGCGCAAGCUACUCCAACUGUUUGGUCUCAAAGUGUGAUCAUGAAUUGCGCUCAUCCUGUGUAUAUCGCAGUGUUCCUGUUUCAAGUGUUGAUGGGAGAGACUGAGGCGCUGAUAGAAGAUGCAGCGAACAAUGGUGACUACGUGAUCGCAAACACAAGUUUAGGAGAGCUCCGAGGAUUCUCGGCAAAGCUGCAAGACGACUCGGUCGUCGACAUUUUUCUCGGCAUCCCCUUCGCCAAGCCGCCGACAGGAGAUCUCAGAUUCCAAGAGCCAGAACCCAUGGACAGCUGGUCAGAAAGGAGAGACGCUCUUAGGUUCGCCAACCAGUGCCCCCAGAGAGAGCUGGUCUGGUACACUGCCAUCAAGAACCACCCAGAGGGCGAAGACUGUCUUUAUCUUAAUGUCUACACUCCUGCCCAAGCCGACGAGAACACACGAGACGCCAGCACGUCUCACAACUCAGACAAUUCGAUACGGAAUCAAGUAAAGUCGCAGGCCCCCGCAAGGAUACAGAAAACCCAGGCUGGCCAUGCUAUUAAUAGCAACCCGCCAAGACGACGACAAGAUAGGCUCCUGAAUUUCCGCCAAAAUCAGCUACUCCCCGUGGUGGUUUGGAUUCACGGCGGUGGGUACAUGAUGGGGGCAGGGACGCAGUCUGGUGGUGCGCUUCUCGCCAGGAGGGGUGUCGUGGUGGUCACUUUCAAUUACAGACUAGACAUUUUGGGCUUCUUGUCCAUGGAGGAUGGCGUUCUGCCUGGGAAUUAUGGCAUGAUGGAUCAGGUUCAAGCACUGAAGUGGGUCAAGGAGAAUAUCGCGUCUUUUGGCGGUGACCCAAAUAAAGUCACUAUAUUCGGACUGAGCGCUGGGUCUUCCAGUGUCUCUCUUCACACCAUUUCCCCGUUGAGUAAAGGUUUGUUUCGCAGAGCGAUUAUGCAGAGCGGAGCGUCUCUGUGCCCAUGGGCUGUUUCUCACCCAGUGAGCAGACUUAGCUCAACGAUACUCACUCGGCUUGUCGGAGCUAAGGUUAGCUGCAAGGAUAUCUGGGACUCACUAAAAAUGCUCAAGUGUCUGCAGCAAGUUGAUGUGGAAAUGCUGUUGAACGCCACGGACGAAUUGAGACAUGACCUUCGUAUGGACGACACACUGUUUAUGCCCAGGGUGGAGACCACGUUUGGUUUCUUGCCAGACUUCCCUUUGCGUUUGUUCGCCGAAGGCCUCGACAAUGACGUCAGCACUAUGCGAGGUUUCACGUCAGACGAAAACUCCAUGUUUGUGUGGGAUCCGGAAGACAAAGGAACAACAGUGCAACAGUUUGAAGACUUUGUUGGCAGUAUGGUGUCUUCAUUGUAUGGCAUCCGAAACCCGGGGUAUUUCGAAGACGCUCUAAGUCACCUAUACCUCAACGAAUCCUCCCCAGAUCCACACUACACACGCUCUCAGCUUAUCUCCGUGUUGUCUGACUUCACGAUGAUAGCACCAAGUCUUUUGGAGAUCAACUUUCUAACAGACGGUAGGAUAAAGAGAAACUCUAGCCGAAACCACUAUCUUUAUGAGUUCAACUACAGACCUGAGUAUUCCAAUCAGGAGUUGUGGCGAGGUGUUGUGCAUGGACAAGAACGUCCUUUUGUGUUCGGAAUCGACGACGAACGCUUCAAAGUUUACGUCACGAAUAUCUCCGAAUUUGACCGAACAAUGGGAGACAAAGUUCAAACUUGGUGGACAAACUUUGCAAAAUAUGGAAAUCCUAACGGCUUAGACGAAGACACACAAAAUCACAUGUCCUGGAAACCAUACAAAGAAGAACUUCCGUACCUGUACCUAAUCAACAACGACUCUAGACUGGUUGAGUACAACAAGCCCGAAGUAAGCAAACUCUAUUUAGAAAUGGCUCAGCAGUUGGACAUGGAUGUGGAUACUGACAAAGACGAAAUAAAGGACGGGGCUAAAACGGUGUGUGGUUCAGGGCCAAAUGCUGCUCCUGCUGCUACAAUGUUACCGGCAUGGAUCCUUACACUUCUGGCAAUGGGCGUCUGCUGGUACCUCCUUCCUCGCUAACCGAUGGGCUUGCAGACGGAUUGAGCCUUCAUUUCUCAAGAAGACUUAUAUUGUCAUUUUCUUACAAAGGACAAGAAAUGCACAUUAUAGGGCG